CUGUAGGUCCCCUGCCUUUGCUCACACCCUCACCCCUCAUCCCACCACUCUCUUCUUUCCCCAUUUACAAGCUUUAUGCAGCCUCUGCUUUCACCUCCUGUUGAGUGAUGUCAUGGUGAAACUGAGUCUCUUGUGUGAAGAGGCAUUGUUCCCUGUAGGAAUGUGAGGGAGGGAUGGAUCCAGGUUUGCACUCUUGAGCUUCCUCCCUGGAGGGGCCAAGUUCAAGUCUCUUUAGUUAUUACAUGAGAAUAUGGAAAAGCAUUUUUGAAGUGAUUUCACGUUCCCCAGGGAGGGAUUCUCCAGGGCAUAGAUUCAAUGUCAUAUAAUGUUCUAGAAUCAGUGCACUAAAUCACUGAGCUGUAUGUACAACAAGGUGGCUUUGGCUACAGGAAGGACUUCUGAUACAGUAGUGGGAAACUUAAAGAGACGAAGUCAGUAGACAAGAUUUCUGAGCCAGAAUUCUUUACUUCAUCCUUUCUAUUUGAAAGAUUGAUUAAUCUGAGUAACUGGCCAUUCUCCAUAAUUGUCACACUGAGUUCCUGUGUGGGCAAUUUCUUUUUUAUAUCAUCUGCCAAGUAUACCUGGGGUAAGUGUGGACACUGACUCAGCUAUUGGACGGUGACUUCAUAACUCAUAUUUUAUGUCCGUAGAAACAAACAUGCUCUCCUACUGAAAUGAAAAGGCAAAAUCAAAGCUCUGUGGUUGAGUUCACCCUCUUGGGCUUUUCAAACUUUCCUGAACUCCAAAAGCAGCUCUUUGGCAUUUUCUUGGUUGUUUACCUGGUGACCCUGAUAGGAAAUGCCAUGAUCAUAGUCAUCAUCUCCCUGGAACAGAGCCUCCAUGUUCCCCUGUAUUUAUUCCUCCUGAACUUGUCUGUGGUGGAUGUGAGUUUCAGUGCAGUCAUUAUGCCUGAAAUGCUGGUGGUUCUCUCCACUGAGAUAUGUAUAAUUACUUUUUCAGGCUGUUUUGCACAAAUGUAUUUCCUUCUUUUUUUUGGUGUGACUGAAUGCGUUCUUCUGGGGACAAUGGCUUAUGACAGAUUUGCUGCAAUCUGUCAUCCUCUGAGCUACCCAAUGAUUAUGAACAAAAGUGUUUUCACGAAAUUAGUAAUGUUCUCGUGGGCCUCAGGAAUCAUGGUGGCUACUGUGCAGACAUCAUGGGUGUUUAGUUUUCCUUUCUGUGGCCCCCGUGAAAUCAACCAUCUCUUCUGUGACACUCCCCCCGUGUUAGAGCUUGCUUGUGCUGACACGUUUUUGUUUGAAAUCUAUGCAUUCACUGGCACCGUUUUGGUUGUCAUGGUGCCUUUCUUGUUGAUACUCUUGUCUUACAUUCGAAUUCUCUUUGCCAUCCUGAAGAUGCCAUCAACCACUGGCAGGCAGAAGGCUUUUUCCACCUGUGCCACCCAUCUCACGUCUGUUACCCUCUUCUAUGGCACAGCCAGUAUGACCUAUUUACAACCCAAAUCUGGCUACUCCCCAGAAACCAAGAAACUGAUGUCACUGGCUUACACACUGCUUACACCUCUGCUGAAUCCACUGAUCUACAGCUUGCGAAACAGUGAGAUGAAAAGAGCUUUGCUGAAGUUAUGGCAAAGAAAAGUAGACAUACAACACACUCUCUGACUGUGCUGGGAAGGCAUGAAAUAUUUAUUUGGUCACUGUCUGACUGAACUCUUUUAAAUUUAAUAAGUGGUGGAAAAGUUUGCAGUUCUUAGCAUGAGUAUGUUCAAUUGGUUGGGUUUUUGAAGUCCAAUGAUAUGUCAGGGCUCCUUUUGAUCGUGUACUGAUGUCAUUCACUUCCCGGGGGCAUAUAAGCUUUCAUAACAUAAAACAAUUACUUAUUAGUUCCUCUAUUAUGAUCAUCCAGGUCAUUUCUGAAUUAUUGUCACUAAGACAAAGCUCCAAUGAGCACCUAGUUUCAGACGUCCUUAUGUAGUGAUGUUUUAUUUCUGUAUGAUAGGUUCCUCAAAGUUGGCCUGAUGGGAUGGAGUGUAUAUACUUAUACAUUUUAAUAGCUACCACAUGAAGCUUUAAUAGCUUCAAAACGAUUGCAACUCCAGGUGGACCCAAAGGCCCUCCAAUAGGGUAGAGUUUUGAGAGAUGAACACAUUGAGGAGAUUUUCAUUUCUGGAGUGAAAACCUGUUCCAUGAAUGACGAAAAUAAGUGCAGUCAUUUUGGGGAGACCACACUCAUUCUAUGUCCGGGACUCACACAGGUUAUUAUUCAAAGCAGGACUUCUUUGGUAUUUUUCCAGAUACUCAUCAGAAUGUUGGUGAGCAAAGACCUACAUGAAACUUCCCUGAAGUCUCGCUUGAUGGUGUCAGUAUAUUUUUCAGCCAUAGACCACUCUUUUUUGAGACUUUCAUUAAAUUUCCCUUUGUAGGCCCCAAAAUGCUAUGAUACUUUGUUUAUAAACAUAGGAUGAUUCAUUUUUUUUAUUAUGGAAAACUAAGUGAUUAAGUACUUGUGCAUAUUUUCUAUGUCUUCCAGUCAUGUCAUUAAGUAUCACAUGGAGAGAAAGAAAGAAUAAUUUCUCACCUAGCAACAUUUGAAACAUUUAAUGCUGCAAGCAAUUUUACAUUGCUAUUUAUAAACAGGGAGGGGCCCCUGUAUUGAAUCUGUAACACAUGAGCUUCUACUGCUCUUAGUUUGUGCCCCAGGGACAAUAACAAAGGGGUAAAACAUUAAUCCCACUGUCACUCAGUUGUGGGAAAAACAAUCUUUUAAUUACCACUGCCUUUGCCACAAAAGAGAAGUAAAGAUGCAAAGCUGAUUGGAUUUCCACAAAUGGAGAUUUCAUCAUCAAAUGGUCAAAACCAGUUUGGGUAAUAUUUGAAUGUCAUAUACUCUUUUCAGUAGGGCAUUGAACAGGCAUUUGGAAGUCCUUU